UUCCCAAGGCCCAAGCACCUUCCACCCACAAGGCUAAGAAGGAACCUUUCUCUCUCGUGGAAGGCUGAGGGCUGGAGCAGCAGGGGGCUAUGGAAGCUCCCACAGAGCCUGUGUUCUAUCACAAGUUAGAGAUCCGGGAGCCUGGCGCUGAGUGGGAAGAGGAGGAAGAGGAUGAGAUAUCUGAACUGCUGGUCUCCAACCUCAAGAGACCCCAGGACAUCCCUGAGAACAAGGCCGGUGGGUUGCCCGGCGUGUGGGCCCGAAUAGGGGCAGCCCUGGUACUGCUGGCUGUUAGCUGUUUCCUGGCUGUGAGGCAGCUGCAAAGCAAGGGCCACUUGGCUGAAAGCCUGGGCUCUGUGGCAACUCCGGUGAGCAGCCACACCCAUCCUCCUGGCGUGUUCCACCACAGCGCCAUCAUCAGCCCUGCAGCCACGUGCUCACACAUGGGCCGAGAGCUGCUUGUGGCUGGGGGUAAUGUCGUGGACGCUGGCAUUGGAGCAGCUUUGUGCCUGGCAGUGAUACACCCUCACCUCACAGGGCUAG